UCGCCGCCGCCGCCGCCGCCGUCGCUGCUGCUGCUGCUGCUGUUGCUGCUGUUGCUGAUGCUCGGCGCUGCGAGCGUGCGACGGAGGGACGACACCAUCACGCACACCAUCGCGCAACACGCAUCCGAAGAAGUACACGCGCACGCGAGCGAGCGGGCGAGCAAACGUACACAUCGAGGCUCGCGCAAACGCAAGUGUCGCUUGCGGCUGUACGAUAUAUCGACUGCGUACGCGCACGCACGUACGUACGCACGCGGGAACGUACGCAGGCACGCUCGCGGCUACGGAUGAGAGAGAGCUCUGAGAAAGAUAUACUCCAAAUCGCGUCAAAGCGGAAGGACGCGAUCGCUCCGAACUGCUUCGGAUUCAUUUUCGGAGUUUGUCUACCCUUCCUAAUCCCUCCCCCCUUUCGCAGCGGAUUCACUGAUAUUGUGGAUCGUGUGUCGUUUCCCUGAUGCUCGAAGGGUUGACGAUCGUCGUCGAAAUAGUUUGAUCGGUGUCGGUGCGAGUGCCGGUGUCUUAAACGCAAAACCUUCCUUCUCAAUUCGCGAUGUACACGUGGAAAAAGUGAAGUGCCUCCGAGUGCAUGACCGAGUGUGAGGGUUGUUACUGUUUGACAUCGUUGUAUCAUUCGCGAUCGUUAUUCACGCGUGUUUAUUGGGAGUUCUUGCGGGAUGGCACUGUGGUUAUUGCAGCGCGAAUAAUCUACGAGUAAUAACAAAGUUGAUUGGAGUCGUGAAAUCUUUAACCUAAGUGCGAUACCUUCGGAAAAAGAUCGAAGGAUCGGACAGAAUUCGGUUCUCCGUAAAUCUUAGGUGAGCUAUUUAGUUUGAAGAUUUGGAGAACCGGAGCGAAAACGAAACAAAAAUAAAACAUUGAGGAAAUAUAACGCGUGUUAAAGGAUAAAGCUUUGACUUUGAUAUCUUCGACAAAUGUCUAUACGUACAAUCGCAUUCGAACGAUAAUUUGAGAACGCUCGCGUCGGUCUACUCGUGAUUCUCUGCAAAUAUGAUAGGUGUCGGACAUCACUUGUAUAGUUUAUUUUACGAUUAUGCGAUAUUUAUCGGGAAGUUCAGGACAGUGAAGAAGUGAGUGAAGAAAAGUGAUUUCUAGGAGCAGUCGCCGAUAUAUCAACGUCAAAGUGAUCAACGCGCAGAUUGCCGAGGACAUUGCCUGUGUCAGGAUUUCGCAUCUUUCAGGAUAUAGACUAAUUCAAUUUGAGGAUUUCUUGACGGACUGAGCUGACCUCCCACCUACAGUCGGCUCCGUCGUCGUUGCCGGUCGAAUCGCGUCUUACGGACAGGAAACCGGCAGGGUGGUUCGCGGCGGGACGGUAGGCGCGGACGCCCUGGCGACUGCCGGGGUGGUUUACCCGGCCGCGACGGCGACGUUGUUCCCUGGUCGGGUGCCAGCCGGACACCACCACCCCGAGUUCACCACCACGUUGGAGCUGGGGUUCCCGGCGCGCGGCACCACCGCCUCGAUGGCGUUGGUCGCGCCGCCGCCCUCCUGGGCCUCGCGGGACCCCGGGGCCGCCCUGGGCGCAGCCGGCGGCGGCGGUGGUGGCGGCGGCGGACCCCUUCAGGUAGGCCCGCCGCCGCCGAUGCCGCCCGCGCAUCUGACGCCUUCGGCCACGCCGGAGGACAUCACCUGUCUGGUGCCCGCCGGCUCGGUCCUGACCUCGAGGGACCCCUUGCCACCCAGUACCACUCCCGGAAGCCAGGCUAAUAGUUCACAGUCCGGCAGCUCGCAAAAUGAUAAAUCGCCGAACAUCGAGUGCGUCGUCUGCGGGGACAAAAGCAGCGGCAAACAUUACGGACAGUUUACUUGCGAAGGAUGCAAGAGUUUUUUCAAGAGGAGUGUCAGGCGGAACCUAACGUACUCGUGUCGAGGGCAGAGAAACUGUCCGAUCGAUCAACAUCAUAGAAAUCAGUGCCAGUUUUGCCGCUUGAAAAAGUGCAUGAAGAUGGGCAUGCGCCGGGAAGGUAUGCACUCUGUGCAGAGGGGGCGAGUGCCGACGUCGCAACCCUCGCUGCCGGGUCUGCCGGGCCAGUUCGCCCUGACGAACGGGGACGCGGUCGCGUGUGCCAGCCUAAACGGACACUCUUACCUCUCGUCGUAUAUAAGCCUGCUGCUGAGGGCGGAGCCCUAUCCGACCUCGAGAUACGGCCAGUCAUGCAUACAGCCCCCCAACAACAUCAUGGGUAUCGACAAUAUCUGCGAGCUCGCGGCGCGGCUGCUCUUCUCGGCGGUCGAGUGGGCCCGGAACAUCCCGUUCUUCCCGGAUCUUCAGGUGACGGACCAGGUGGCCCUGCUCAGGCUAGUGUGGAGCGAGCUGUUCGUCCUGAACGCGAGCCAGUGCUCGAUGCCCCUCCACGUGGCGCCGCUUCUAGCGGCGGCGGGCCUUCACGCCUCGCCGAUGGCGGCGGACCGCGUGGUCGCCUUCAUGGAUCACAUCAGGAUCUUCCAGGAGCAAGUGGAGAAACUCAAGGCGCUCCACGUCGACUCCGCGGAAUACAGCUGCCUCAAGGCCAUCGUCCUCUUCACCACCGACGCCUGCGGUCUCUCGGACGUGGCGCACAUCGAGUCCCUUCAGGAAAAGUCGCAGUGCGCCUUGGAGGAGUACUGCCGGACCCAGUACCCGAAUCAGCCGACAAGGUUCGGCAAACUGCUGCUGCGAUUGCCGUCGUUGCGCACGGUCUCGUCGCAGGUAAUCGAGCAGCUCUUCUUCGUGCGGCUGGUGGGCAAGACGCCGAUCGAGACGCUCAUCAGGGACAUGCUGUUGAGCGGCAACAGCUUCAACUGGCCCUACAUAUCCUCGAUGUGACACUCUGUCUGGCGGCAGCUAGCUUCCGCAUAAUAUUACACGUCGAACAGCGGUAUCGCGGCGCCCGACGAUGACCCGUAGGCCCGACUCGCGUACGAGUAAAGAGAAAAAUCGAGGGCGGACAAUGGGUGGGCGACGUCGCGAAUCCCAAAUAUACGGGGGAGAGGGGAGGGGGACGAGGACGGCGGACACAGUGGGCGCGACUCCGGCCUCGUUGUCGCGAGGCCUCGAGGUCGAAGGUCGAAUCGUCGUUCUUGUCAACGUCGUCAUUAACCCGGUUACGUAUCCGCGUUGCUCUUAGCAGCGUGACGCGACAAUAUUCCUCGUUAUUGAUACUUGUUAUAUACUCGCGUUUCGCUAGAUCGGCACGAUAUUUCGCGACGAAUCAGAAUAUCAGUCAGAAUUUAAAAGACUUGUGACCCUGAGUAGACUUGACGUCAAAAAGAGAAAGAGGACGGAAUCGACGGAAGCAAAGAAUGAAGGAAGAAGGUUUUAGCGUAUAGAUAGCGAGAGAGAGCGGGGGAGAAUUAAGCGAGAUCAUUAACGCAGUUCGACCGAGAGUGAUAGGAUAAUGCGCGCGAAGAGCGGCGAGAAAGGUGGGCGUGCAAUGAGGAGCGAUCGUCUUGUUCGCCGAGGGAGAGGAAUUUUCGGUGACGUGCUGAAAAAGGCGAGAGAGAGAGAGAGAGAGAGAGGGGUAAAGAGAAAAAAAAAGAAAACAAGAAGAAAAAUACGUAAUAAAGAUGUUCAUUCAGAAAAUCGCGGAGGCGCCGAAUGGCCCGAGCGCUCAAGAACGUUCAUGGGCGUUAAAACUUGGUACUCACUAAAGUGGUCGAGUGAAAGAGAGGGAGAGAUUUGUACAUGCAAGAAAGCUUGUCAGUUGUUUCGUGUGCGAGUGAAAGAGCGAGAGAAAGCGAAUGAAUAAAAAUGAAAGAGAGAGAGAGAGAGAAAGAGAGAUUGAAAGAGAUAUGGGGGCUCAAGGGAGAAGGGAUAGAUAGAUAAGCGUUUUGUUAUGUAGCAAAGAAUGAAAUAAAGAGAGGGUGGAAGGAAGAGAGAGAGGGAGACAGAGAGAGAGAGAGAGAGAGAGAGAGAGAGAGAGAGAGAGAGAGAGAGAGAGAGAGAGAGAGAGAGAGAGAGAGAGAGAGACAGCGGGAAGACGAGCGUGGCGUGAAGAAGUCAUAAAUUAGCAUUUAUAAUCAACGAUGAGGGGGAGAGAGAGAGAGCCGGUGGAUCUCCCAUCGCUAUCUCGAAUCAAUCUUUGCGUCGAGUACUCGCUAUUAGUCGAGUCAUGCCAUGGGCCUUAGUCAUUCGUCUUGACGCCUCUCCUACGAGGCUGCAGCGUUCUCCAAGUUCAUAGCCCGUGAAACAUUCUUUCGGAAAUAUCCCCUUUCGGUCGGACGACGCUCGCGCCUGCACGCACUGAUCGCAGAUCUAAAUCCCCACACGUCGCCUUUCGUCGAAAUCGUCCGUGAUCUUCGAGGAUUACCGGCGGUAAGUCAUGAUUUUGCCUCGGUUAUCUUCGCGUAGUCAUCACGAUCGAGUAUCCUAAUUCUUCGAUUACGACGUUAAGACCUUGGCAUCUCAGAAACUUUAGCCUGUGUCUCGUAAUAAAAUAUUUUCGUAAAUUA